AUGGGUCGAUUCAAUGAUAUGUUCAACCAGAUCCCCAGCAACUAUCACAACAACAGCCCAGGACCCUCCGGCCCACCUGGACCUCCAGGACCCGAGGGACCACGCGGAGAGCCCGGUCGAUUAGGCAGAAAUGGCCUUCCAGGAAGUCCAGGGUUGCCUGGCCGUCAAGGAGAUCGAGGAACACCAGGAGAGAAGGGAGAGAGAGGAACUCCAGGCGUGGGAGAGCGAGGACAGAGAGGAGCUUCUGGACCACCUGGCCCUCCGGGUGAGUCCAGAACAGCUACUGGUUCAUCCGGCCCUCCAGGCAUCCGCGGUCCUCCCGGUCGCAAUGGUGUCGCUGGUGUACGUGGUCCACCCGGCCCACCUGGAUACUGUGACUCCUCCAUGUGUGUCGGUAUGCAAUAUAACGGACAGGGUUACAGAGAAGAGUUUCCACCUGAUGCCGAGCGCAUAGUCCCAAUCCCAGAUGAAGACUUUGAGAUUUCAGCAAACCAGCGGCGCAGGAGGUCACCUCCAGAGACCGGAUCUGAAAGGAAAGCAUGGUAAACAAAUAAACCAAAACAAAAAAGGCGGGAAAAUUUGUCGUCUCAUGUUUGUUGGCUUUUCGACGGUCUGUACACAAUUAAAUCCCUUCAAAACCUGUGUGGAUUCAUGCAUAAAUCUCAUAAUAUGGCUUCUUUCUGUUCCAUUUGUACUCCAUUGCUUGUAAAAACCGCAUCGAAUAGAAGUGUGCGAUCUGAAAUCAUUGACGUGUCCCACAUCGCAGCGAGCAGUUUGAUAAUUUAUUAAGAUUUGAAGGCUUUCCAACAAAAAAAAAAAAAGAUCAUCGCCUCUUCAAGCCAUCUGCAUAUUCAUCCAUCAUCAUUUAUGUACAAAUACACAUUAGUUAUUCAUUUCUGUCUUCAUUCACCUGAGAGAUUGUCUUUGUUUAUGUGUGUGUGUGUGUGUGUUAACAUCUGCAGUAAAACAUGCCCUCCAUCAUCAUCAUCAUCAUCUUAUAAAUCAGAUAUUGAUCAUGUUUGAUUGAACCUCACAGCUGAUUUUUGUUUUACCAAAGGUGGAAUUGCAUGUCUGUGCUGUAUAUUUAGUAUGAUUUCUUAUUUGUAGUUUUUGUUUUUUUUUAAUCCAGAAUAUAGUUGUUGUAAUUGUUGUUUUUAUCAGUAUCGAAUGCAGUUUUUGGCAUUUGCGCGCAAGACUAUUGAUAUAGUUUUUGCUGCUUGAUGUUUGUAACUGCACAUUGUGAAUUCCACAGCCUUAUUUUCUUAUUUAUUUCUGAAACAGAGGAGGCAUUUUUAAUAAAACUACUGAAAAUAU